AUGGAUGACAACGGAGCUUCCAGCCGACUACGCCCUUUAUUACCCGGUCCAACUCGCGAUGGCCCUUUUGACUCUAAGCCUCCUCCAUUCAAGCUAGACAUUCCCAAGCGGACUUCUGUCAAGACUGCCUGUCAAACUUGCAGGCAGCGCAAAGCAAAGGUGUGUGAUGGUCAGAGACCUAAAUGCUCAGCUUGUUUCAAUGGUGGGCGUGAAUGCCACUACGCUAGCCACCCUUUCGAGGUUGAGGCUGCAGCCUUGAAGCGGAAGCAUGCAGAACUCCAGGAACGCAUGAGUGAGCAUGAGCACCUGUACUCGUCUCUAAAGACCCGAGAGCCUCACGAGACAGAUGAGAUUCUGCGAAGGAUACGUGCAGGACACGACGUCAAGACAGCCACCGAAGACAUGAAAGGAGCGGAUGCGGCCGAGCAGAGCAAUACCUCCACGCUAUCCAGACAGCAGAUAAAUCCUUUAAUCCGGAACGACAGUGCCAAUAAUUCAAACAGUACUAAUACGUCUGGAAGUGCCAGUUCGCCUAGUCCGUUUGCUACUUACGCCAGCUUUUCUCAAAUGCGCCAACCUAGACUCACAGCCUCACACGGAUACCGUAAUCAUAUCUUUGAGGAGGCCUGGCGAGAUGCCCCAAGAGUCUCAGACGACAUAUUCGUUGAUCUCCCAGGAUAUACGCUGCCACUUUCACGGUGGACAAGCGUGCACCAAGAUGAUAAGCUGCUGAACCACUUGUUGUUGUUAUUCUGGACAUGGGAUACUGUGUGUAACCGCAUUAUUGACCGAACCAUUUUCGAAGAAGACCUGAAGAACCUCGAUCCCGCUACCACCAUCGCGCCUUGGGAACUCCGCUUCUGCUCUUCAUUCCUUGUCAAUGCCCUCUUAGCCGUUAGUUGCUUGUACUCUACUAACUCGGCAACGUUCAGCACACAUGAUGAUAUCAGCACUAGAGGCCUUGGAUUCGCCCAGGAGGCUAUACGGUGUCUAAAGCUUGAAGACACCCGCCCUCUGCUACCGGUUGUGCAAGGCCUGGCGCUCAUGUAUGUGUAUGAAAGUGCCUUGGGCGACGGAGACACUGCGCUUGAGUUUCACAGUCUUAUGCAGCAGCGCUAUAUGGAGCUUCGGCUUGAUGACAUCCAGCGUUCAACAGACACAGCUAUUGCUGGCUCGAGACAACGUGCUGAAGCGCAUGCUUUAUCUUGGAUCCAGUGGGGAUUCUAUGUCUGGGAUUGGAAGCCAAUGCAUGGCCUCUGUCGUCGUUUCAUCAUCAACAAGCCCGCACGAGAGAAGACGUGGCAGCAGGAUAUGACGCCUCUGAACAGAAAAGAGAGCCCCGAGUAUUGGUGGUUCCCUUAUCCUGUGUCCGUAGCGCCUCAGCGGUCUCUAAAGCGCGAAAUCUUUGACGUCGAGUGCACUUUCGCAGAAAUUACGGAACAAGUGCUUGAGUUUAUCAUCCCUCUGGAACAGGGUGGUUCACCAUUGUUAAAUGCUGGACGGGCGGCCGAACUAUACUCUCAACUGAUGGAGUGGAAGUUCUCUCUACCGGAACCCCUGAGGGCUGAGAAUGCUGUCCUUCCCGCUGCUAUACUGUUACACCUCAGUGUGGAUCUUGUGGCCAUCAGCGUUCUACAACCUUUCGACAACAUCCCCAAGUCGACUUUUGGUCCCGUUGAUCCACGUUCUACGAUCUAUGCCCACGCUACAAACGCCAUGUCGACCAUCUGGCAUUUCCGCGCUCUUUACACUCUCCGCAACGAACAUUGGCUCAUCCAAGCAAGUGCUGUGUGCGCCUUCCGCGUCCUCUUGGCCAUCGAAGAAAGCCCUAUACAGCUUGAAACCUUUGUAAAAGCAUGCCGCGCACUGCUAGAACUGGGCGAAGCAUAUCCUGUAGCAGAGAAGGUUCGAUACUCCAUAGAAUCAGUUGUCCAGGAUAAAGGGAUAACUCUACCAACGUAUGCAAAGGAGUACAUGCCACAUGGUUUGGGUGAAGGAGUAGCGGAGUUGACGGAUAUCAAGGUCAGAGAUCAUACUGUUGUGGCGGAGAAGGCCUCGGAGAGCAACGAGAAUCGAUUCGCCUUGAUGGGGCUACUUUCAGCCUUGACGCCCAGUGGGACGGAAUCCAGUUAG